AUGCCUGAAACUGAGACCAAUAGAAAUGGCCUUCAGGUGACAUUUAACAAAAUUGGAGAGGAACCAAAUGUUUUGGAUGAAACUAAUUAUGCCUAUGAGAAUGUAGAUAAUUUCUAUGUCAUGACACACGUUGUUGUGGAAACCUUGGCUAAGAAUGAUAAUCAUCAACCUGAAUAUUGGGAUUUAUCCUAUUCCAGAAUUGGAACUGCUUCAAUGGGUAAUGUUACUGUAGUUUCAUUCUGUUAUGCUAGUUUGAAUAUCAAUGAUAUUAAGGAAGUUCAAACUGUCACCAAUAUUGAAAUUUUUGCCAAAGUUUGUGAAAUGUUAUUAAUUCUCGUGGUAGGUUUUUAA